AACACUAUUUUAUUUUAUUCAUUUUAUAAUUUUUUUGAAUUAUGGCCGAUCCAGAUUCAAUCAGGAUCCUCUUUAGUGAUACGACAACAGAUAUGCUAGUGAACGAGCUUUCCGUAAUAAUUUUUCCGUGCACAGAGGAAGUUUCCUAUAUAAUUUCGUUGAGAAAUAACGGACAGACUUUGAGAGAGAGAGGUGCCAAUGAAAUUUUUACAGAGCCAUUGAUCUCUGAACAAUUCUCCAUGAAAAUGGGGAAAAGCUUGGAGAAGUGGAGGUUGAUAUGGCCAUUCUUCUUCAUUUUCUUCCUUCACACGGCUGCCAUUUUCUUAUUCACAAGAGGCUUUCUUCUUACACGCACAGAGCUCUCGUCUACUAGCUCAUGCUCUGAUCUCUCGAGCUCCCCAUGUUCAUCAGAUUCAUUUAUAGAUCCAUCGACUAACAAAACCCUACACUGCUGGACUAAACCAGCGAUUGAUCGAGUCAUAAUCAUCAUCAUCGAUGCUCUUAGGUUUGAUUUCCUUGCACCCAGUGCAUUCUUCGAGGAGGCAAAACCAUGGAUGGAUCGCUUACGAGUUCUUCAGGACCUAGCUUAUGAGAAUGGUUCUUCUGCUAAGAUUUUCAAGGCCAUUUCUGACCCACCCACGACCACUCUUCAGCGUCUAAAGGGUUUGACCACUGGGGGGCUACCCACAUUUAUUGACGUGGGGAAUAGCUUUGGGGCUCCUGCAAUCAUUGAGGACAACUUGAUAUAUCAGUUGGCUCAGAAUGGGAAGCGUUUGCAGAUGAUGGGGGAUGAUACUUGGUUACCAUUGUUUCCUAAUCAUUUCCACAAAUCAUAUCCUUUUCCUUCACUUAAUGUUAAAGACCUUCACACUGUUGAUGAUGGUGUGAUUGAACACCUGCUUCCAGCUUUGUAUGAUAAGGAUUGGGAUGUCCUUAUUGCACAUUUCCUUGGUGUGGAUCAUGCGGGUCAUAUAUUUGGCGUGGAUUCCACCCCCAUGCUAGAAAAAUUGGAUCAAUACAAUGAAGUUCUCAAGGAAGUUGUAGAGAUACUGCAGAAUCAGUCUGGACCUGGAGGUUUACAUGAACAUACAUUUCUUCUUGUUAUAGGAGAUCAUGGCCAGACCUUGAAUGGUGAUCAUGGUGGAGGAACUGCUGAAGAGGUUGAAACAUCACUUUUUGCAAUGAGCUUGAAACAACUUCCUCCACCAAUUUCAUCCAUUUUUGACACCUCUCAUUGCGAGUUAGAUAUGGACGGGAGGAAAAUGUGCAUCAGCUCUGUUGAACAGCUUGAUUUUGCAGCAACAGUGGCAGCUCUUAUGGGUGUUCCUUUUCCUUUUGGAAGUAUUGGGCAUGUAAAUCCUGAAUUAUAUGCUUUAGUUGCCAAUACAUGGACUGACCAAGGCACCACUACUAUAACUACUACAAGCAAAAAUGCAUACUGUUCAAAUUUGGAGUUGUGGAUGCAACAGUAUGCUGCUGUUCUUUGUAUCAAUAGUUGGCAGGUGAAAAGAUAUAUCAAUCAGUACUCCACUUCAUCAAUUUUUGGAUUUCCAGCUGAAGACCUCCUUCAAGUAGAAAAUCUAUAUGCUCAAGCACAAGCUACUUGGCCUAAUGUUACACAAAAAGAAGUCUUGUUGAAUGAGGAAAUGGGUAAUGGAACCUGUCAAACUAAAAUUUCUAUUCUCCAAGCUCAAAUUGAUGCAUACAAAGAUUUCCUGGAGAAAGUUUCUGAGCUUGCUCGUUCGAAGUGGACCCAGUUUGAUGCAAUGAUGAUGGGCAUUGGACUCAGCAUUUUAAUAGUCUCACUUGUGAUCCACCUUUCAUUUAUCAAGAGGGCAAGAAAUCAGAUCUGGGUUAUAAAAGGAAGCAACUGUGGCCUUAUUGAGAAACCACACAGUAACAAAGUCCUGAGCUUUAUGACAGUGGCUGUGAUUUUCGGGCUAGUGCUUUAUGCAUUUUCUGACCAGUUGAUGAAAAGUAUAUUAGUGAUUAGUGCAAUAUUUGCUCGAAAUGAGCAGACCUUUGUUUACAUUGUCAGUUGGUUGGUGCUUUUAUUGGCCAUUGGCUUUUUGGUGCUAUCUUGGUGUAAUGUAGGGAGUGGUUCAGAUUGGAAUGUUGAUUCUGAAGUAAAUAAGAAGGGUUCAUCGAGCAAUCACUAUUCAGAAAAGAUUAGAAAAGAAUGUUCCACAGGGGAGCAAGGAUAUUCUAUGAAGUGUAUGAUUGCUCUUUUUUUGGUGGCAAUACGUGCAUUCAGUUUGCUUUCAAACAGUUACAUCUUGACAGAAGGAAGUGUAGCGCGUUUUCUUUUGGCUACAAUUGGUGUGCUUAAUUUGAAGGAGGUACUUCUGGAGGAGUCAACAGUAUUAGUUGCAGUUUCUUUUCUUUUACUAAAUGUUGUACUCGGGUUCACGGGGGAAAAUGGAUUUUCAAAGGAUGUCACUCCAGCAUCUACAAGCAUAUCUGUAAAUGUACACGUCAGUGACAUGGGCCAAUUUUUCUGGAUGCUGUUUACCGAAGUCAUGCCAAUAAGUGUUCUAGCUUUCUUGGUCUUCCGGUCCUUCCAGUGUACUACUGUUAGCUCUCAAUGGAGGAUUUUGAAAUAUGGCUUUCUUCCUCUCGUGAUUCUGAGCUAUAUCCUCAUUCCAGUGUACUGGGUUUUAGAAAGCAACGUGGUGGCUAUACCAAGGAUUACUUCAUUUGAGAAAAAUUUACUUCCCCUGGUGGUUUAUUCAGUUGGUUUUGGUUUGCUGCUAUUGUUGGCAUGCUGUCUAGUAUUUGAGAGGAAAGAGGGGACUUCAAAAUGUACAGGAGACAUACAUAUUGCUGCAAUAACCAUGUUAACAGCAUGGGGCUUAGUAAUCUUGAUGUUAUUGGGGAGACAAGGUCCACGAAUUGCUUUGAUAUCCAUUCUAGAAGGAUGGUGUAUAAUUAGGUCACAGAAGGUGGCACAGAAGAAGGAAAAGCUAGAGAAUACAAACAAUGACAUGCUAUAUGACCCUCUUCCAGUGACACAAUGGUGCUUCCUGGCCGUGAGUUUGUUCUUUUGUGCAGGUCACAGAUGCACUUUUGAUGGCCUACGGUAUGGUGCAGCAUUUGUUGGGUUUGAUGACUUCAAUAUUGUUCGGCAAGGGAUCCUUCUUUUUGUUGAUACAUUUGGCAUUUCUCACAUACUUCCUAUUUUUGGCCUUCCUUUGCUCGUCACAUUCGAGGGUCCAUAUGUUCAUAAUAAGAGAGGAAGGGCUGUAUUUUUCUCUAAACUAACUCAGGUAUUCUUGAUUUAUGGGCUCAUUUCUGCUAUUACAGCCACUUUCACGACAAUAUGUGUGCUGAUUCAACGAAGGCAUCUGAUGGUGUGGGGAUUAUUUGCUCCAAAGUAUGUCUUCGAUGCCAUCGGCCUCAUGCUAACUGAUUUUUUGAUUUGUUUGGCCAGCCUCUAUUAUUUCUGAGGCAUUCUUCUUGAUAGCGUUUCUAUUUUCUGCAAUUUUGGAGACAUUAUGAGAAUGAUGAAUUUUUUUUUUUUUGGCCAAGUGAAAUUGAUUCAUUUUUUAUGAAUUAGUUUCAGAAAUUUUGGCUGAAUGCGGACUUGGUGAUCUUCAUGUGUAAUAUAGGGAGAACUAGAAAGCCUCUCCCUUUUUUCUUACUAUUUUUAAAUUUUUCC